AUCAGAGCAAAGGAGAAAAGAAAAACAGAGGAAGCAAAUCAUUACCCAUUUAAUCACAUCUCCACCAGAUUACACCUUCCGUUCCUCUGUCUCUCUCAAAAGAUUCCCACCCCAGAAAAUCAAUUUUCCUUAUUCUUUUGUUCAUACCAAUAUACCAUUUUCCCUUUUUAAAAAACUAACUAAAUAAUUGUAAUAAAAUCCAGAACAACUUUGAGUAUCAAUUCAUAUCAAUUCAGGUAUGCACCAACUGAAGCAUAAUCAACUGAGUCCCAAAGCUCCCCACUCUUCUUCUUCCUCCACCGCCGCCGCCAAGACCAUGCUGGAGCGGGUCCUCUCUUCCCGCCGCUACGGCCCCCACUCCUCCGACGACCCACCGCCCUCCUCUUCUUCCUCUACUUCCCCGGAAGGCCACGCCAUUUCCUCCUUCGUCUCCGCCGACGAGUCCAAGACCAAGCCCCCCAACCUCUCUUCCUUGGCCUCCAAUUACAUCUCCAGGAUGUCCCACUCUUCCUUCCACUGCGUCAUCUUCGGCCUCCUCCUCUUUGUCCUCGCCCUCAUCGCUUCGCUCAUGUACCACUCUCGCUCCCUCGUCUGCAUCUCCCGCUUCGAUCCCAAGUCCCGGGUCGGUUUUUUCGGGAUCGACGGCCUUGAGUCCGACUUCGCCGCCCUCGGUGUCCCCUGGUGCAGAUCGAAACAUGGUAAGACAGUUGACUGGACAUCCAAGGAUUUGCUCAAGGCCUUGGAAGAGUUCAUACCAAUUUAUGAAACUCGGCCGAUCAAAAACAACAUGUAUGGAAUGGGUUUCGAUCAUAGCUUUGGGCUAUGGUUCAUGGCACGGUGGCUUAAGCCGGAUCUUAUGGUCGAGAGUGGUGCUUUCAAGGGUCAUUCAACGUGGGUCCUUCGCCAAGCAAUGCCAGAAACUCGAAUCAUUUCGCUUUCUCCAAGGCACCCUGAGAAGUACCUGAAGAAGGGUCCGGCUUAUGUUGAUGAAAACUGCACCUACUUUGCUGGAAAAGAUUUUGUAGAUUUUGGAAGUGUUGAUUGGAAGAGUGUGAUGAGUAAAUAUGGAAUUACUGAUCUUACACGGGUCCUUGUCUUUUUUGACGACCAUCAGAAUGAACUGAAAAGGAUAAAGCAGGCGCUGGAUGCUGGGUUUCAACAUCUGGUUUUUGAGGACAAUUAUGAUACUGGAACUGGUGAUCAUUAUUCGUUGAGGCAGAUAUGUGAUCAGUCCUACAUAAGAGGUGGUGGCCACAGUUGCUUCAGAGAUAGCGAUGAAGCCAGGAUUAGGUCAAAGAGGAAGAAAUUCUGGGAGAAGGCAGUAGAUAUAGAUGAACUCUGCGGACAGAACGAGGCAUGGUGGGGCGUCAGAGGAUGGAUGCGUGACAACUUCAACCACAGCAAUAAGCCUAUUUCCUACGAGGAACACUUCCAGAACAGCCGGUUUAUCGAGUCGAUACUCGACUUAUACUGGGAGCUCCCACCGGUAGCCGGUCCUUCUCUCACGCAUCAAACUCGUUAUGAUCCAGCUCGUGUUACCAAUCCCAUUGUUGAAGACGGGCGGUAUGGAUUGUUCCAGCGGCUGGGGUUGAGUAAGCUCGAUAAUUCUGUAUUUAACGGUUACACCCAGAUGGUGUACCUUCAAAUCUCCGAACAACCUUAGAGCAGUUUUCUUUUUCUGGGAUGAUUUUUUCUGUUAAUUUUUGCAAUAGCUGAAAGACUCGAAAGUUGUCCAUACUAAUAUUCCCCUUUUUUUCAUGAGCUGGUGGCCUGACUGAAGAGGAUAGUACAUAAGUGGUUUUGGUUUGCUCCAGUUUUUGUUUCUCAUAUCGGUUCAAAGUUCUGAACUACUCCACUUGUAUUCCUUGGAUUCCACUUGCACUUCGACUCGAUCAGGUUAUAGAUUGAUAACUUGUGUCACUUUCAGACUCGUUGGCUUGGGCUUCAAGUCAAUUGAGUUACGGGCUGAGCAGAGC